AAUUUCAAAAACAACCACAAGGGAAGAUGUAUGAAUUUUUGUAAUGGAAACCGGUAGCCUCUAGGGCCCAGAGGAUAUGCAGGGAGGCAUUUUCUCUUGCUGCUGCAGCUGAGAGAGCGAGCGAGCGAGUGAGAGAGACCUGGAAAUGAAAGUAAAGAGAUCAGGAGGCACAUGGAGGGAGCUGCAGGGGCAGCCGAUCCAGAAGCAGAAUGCUUCCUUCUAUAAUUAAAUAACACUUACUAUUAUUAUUACUUAUAGUAAUAAUACUUUAAUAAUAUUUCUAGUAAUAUAAUACCAUUUAUCAAGAAAAGUUAUACGUAGUGUGUGUGGGGAAACCCAAGGAGAGAGCGACUAUAAUGGAGAGACAGAAGAGAAAACAAGAAAUAGAGAAGGGACUUCAGUUCAUUCAGUCCACAUUACCCCUAAGCCAAGAAGAUUAUGAGGCAUUUUUGCAGAAGCUGGUGCGAAACCUGUUUGCAGAGGGCAACGACUUGUUCCGAGAGAAGGAUUUCAAGCUUUCGCUGGUACAGUAUGUGGAAGGGCUGAAUGUGGCAGAUUAUGCAGCCUCCGAUGAGGUGACCAUCCCAAAGGAACUCCUGUGCAAGCUGCAUGUCAAUCGAGCUGCCUGCUACUUCGCCAUGGGUUUGUACGAAAAGGCACUGGAAGACAGUGAGAAGGCUUUGGGUCUAGACGAGGAGAACAUCCGAGCACUCUUCCGGAAAGCCCGCUCCUUAAAUGAACUGGGAAGACACAAAGAAGCAUAUGAGUGUAAUAGCAGAUGUUUGUUGUCCCUCCCACACGAUGAAAGCGUCACGCAGCUUGGACAGGAGUUGGCCCAGAAGCUGGGACUGAGAGUUCGAAAAGCGUACAAGAGGCCUCAGCAGGAAUUGGAAACAUUCUCUUUACUCAGUAAUGGCACGUCAAUCAAUUUAUCAAAUCAGAGCACUUCCAAUGGAUUGGGUUCGAUAGAUGACAUCGAAACAGACUGCUCUAUGGACCUGCAGUGCCUCCCGGCUCCCGUGGCCACCUCCAUCCCCAUGAGCGAAGGGUUGGCUCCUUUGCCCUCCGACUCGGAUGCAAAGGGCCUGCCUACCUCACUCCCUGCUGCCAGCUUGCUCCCGUCUUCAGAUUGCGUGUCCCUGCCAGUGCCUGAAAGCGUGGAGGACUUCACAGAUGGUGACAUCAUUGGGGAAGAACUGGACUCCCUCCUUGACUCCCUCGCCGAGGGGUCACAGUACCCUCUGUCUCUGGUUCAGGGCACCAUUCCCACCAACCUGCCAACAGAGAUGCCCCAGCUGAUUCCUGUGUUUCCGGGGGGAACUCCAUUGCUGCCCCCAGUCGUGACAGCCAGCAUCCCUGUCUCCACACCGCUGCCACCUGCCUCCUUCGGCCUGGUGAUGGAUCCCACCAAGCAGCUCUCCUCCUCCUCUGUCCUGGAUGCCUUUGAGCCCCCACCAGGGGGAAGCGGUGGCUCCACCUUAGAUUCUCUGGAUUCCCUGGAUCUGCUCCCCUACCCAGACUCACGGCUUGAUGCCCUGGACUCCUUUGGGACUAGAGGGUCACUGGAUGCCUUGGAUUCCUUUGCCAUUGAAGAAACCAGCCCUCAGGAACUGCGACACCCACCUGGCAGCCAAAAACCAUCCCCCGUGGUGAGUGAGCCGCUUCCUCGUGCUGAUGUCCCAAGGUGCCCUGGAGCCAAGGUAGUCAGCCUAGGUGGAGUGAAUCACCCGGCUGUGCCUAAAGUCACCGAGCACCUGCUGUCCCAGCCAGAACCAGUAAUGCCCAACACAGCCCUGCUAGUGAAGAACCCCCUGGCAUCCACUCACAUCUUCAAACAAGCCUGUCAUAUCUGCUACCCAAAAACAGGGCCCAAGGCUGGUGAUUAUACCUACCGGGAAGGCUUGGAGCACAAGUGCAAACGGGACAUCCUGCUGGGCAGGCUGAAGAACUCUGAAGACAAGAUCUGGAAGAGGAUCCGUCCUCGCCCCACCAAAACCAACUUUGUAGGAUCCUAUUACCUGUGCAAAGAUAUGCUUAACAAGCAGGACUGUAAGUACGGGGAUAACUGCACCUUCGCGUACCACCAGGAGGAGAUCGACGUGUGGACGGAGGAGAGGAAGGGGACCCUCAACCGUGACCUCCUCUUUGACCCGCUAGGUGGGAUCAAGCAGAGCAGUCUCACCAUUGCCAAGCUCCUGAAGGAACAUCAGGGCAUCUUCACCUUCCUCUGUGAGAUUUGCUUUGACAGCAAACCCCGGAUUAUCAGCAAAGGGACCAAGGACACACCAUCUGUCUGCUCCAACCUUUCUGCCAAACACAGUUUCCAUGACAACAAGUGUCUAGUCCACAUCGUGCGUUCCACUUCCCUGAAGUACUCCAAGAUCCGCCAGUUCCAGGAGCACUUCCAGUUCGAUGUGUGCCGACACGAGGUGCGUUACGGCUGCCUGCGGGAAGACAGUUGCCACUUCGCUCAUAGUUUCAUCGAGCUCAAGGUCUGGCUGCUGCAGCAAUAUUCAGGAAUGACCCAUGAAGAUAUCGUGCAGGAAUCCAAGAAGUUUUGGCAGCAGAUGGAGGCACAUGCCAGCAAACCAGCCAAUAGCAUGGCUUCUACCCGGGCUCCCGCAUCGAGCACCUUUGACCUCCAGAUGAAAUUUGUGUGUGGCCAGUGCUGGAGGAACGGGCAGCUGGUGGAGCCAGAUAAAGACCUCAAGUACUGUAGUGCCAAAGCCCGCCACUGUUGGACAAAGGAACGUCGUGUUCUACUGGUGAUGUCCAAAGCAAAGAAGAAGUGGGUGUCUGUCCGACCACUGCCUUCCAUCCGCAACUUCCCACAGCAAUACGAUUUGUGUAUCCAUGCACAAAAUGGCAGGAAAUGCCAGUAUGUGGGCAACUGCUCCUUUGCCCACAGCCCUGAGGAGAGAGACAUGUGGACCUUCAUGAAGGAAAAUAAAAUACUAGAUAUGCAGCAGACCUAUGACAUGUGGCUAAAGAAACACAAUCCUGGGAAGCCUGGAGAGGGGACACCACUCACGUCUCGAGAAGGGGAGAAACAAAUCCAGAUGCCCACCGACUAUGCUGACAUCAUGAUGGGCUACCAUUGCUGGCUCUGCGGGAAGAACAGCAACAGCAAGAAGCAAUGGCAGCAGCACAUCCAGUCGGAGAAGCACAAGGAGAAGGUCUUCACCUCAGACAGUGACUCCAGCUGCUGGAGCUACCGCUUCCCCAUGGGCGAGUUCCGGCUCUGUGAAAGGUUUCAGAAGAGCAAAGCCUGUCCUGAAGGAGAAGAGUGUCGCUGUGCUCACGGCCAGGACGAGCUGACGGAGUGGCUAGACCGGAGAGAGGUGCUGAAACAGAAACUGGCCAAAGCCCGCAAGGACAUGCUGCUCUGCCCCAGAGAUGACGACUUCGGGAAAUACAACUUCCUAUUGCGGGAUGGUGUAUAGUAAGGGUUGGGGGGAGCCUGUUGGCUGGAGAAACACGGGGCGGGUUUUCCAAGAGUGGCGGUGGCAGGGAGAGUGAGAUCCAUAUCUUGCAAAGAGAACUUUUUCUUUUCUUUUGUUUUAAGAUUACGAGACGACAAUUUAUUAGUGGCGAAUGAAAUCGUGAAUUUGAUUCUCCUUGGCCAGCGAACGCCAUGCUCACUGAGUUCAUGUUCUGUCUUCUCUCUCUUACCCCCCGCCCCCAAUUCUUCCUUCUCUCCAUCUUUCUGUUUUCUCUGUCCUUUAUUUAAGGAAUGAAUUCUGUUUGUACUGGGGUGCGAACUGGAGAAUUUUUCCUUGCCAUUCUCAUGCCCUUCAAUUCAGAGCGUGGCUGCAGCGGUCAGGAGGACAAACAGGGAGGGAAAGCUGAGAGAAAGGGCUAGACAUCUGGUAGAAGGGUGACCAAGAAGUUCAUGUGCUCCUUUUUUCAAAGCUGCAGAGCAAGCCCUGCUUACAUGGCUGCAACUGGCCCACUCUCCUGGGAGUUCAGUACCAGAAGAAUUGGGAAUUGAGAUGCAGAGGAGGGAUGCCAUUAGAUCUGGCUUAAAACAUCUAGGCUUAAGCCCCUACUGUGUAUGUUCCCCUGAGGCACCAGCUGGAGCUGAGGAAGGUAUCAACCAUUUUGGGUAGAGUGCAGCUAAAAGCAACAGUGUGCUGCAGUGUUGCAGCAGUGGGAACUUAAUGGUAGCUGACUUUAGCCUGUUUUGAUUGACUGUACCCAGAAAGCAAACUGAUGACCCCUCAUUAGGUAUCUUUCUCAAAUAUGUAACACGUAUUUGGGGUUGGUAGUUCUGGUUUGGUUUUUUGGCUGAUGCGACUGGUCCAAAUAAGACUGAAGCCAUCUAGAAGGUGUAGUGGAGACUGUGGCACUGUACUCCACACUGGAAUAUCAGUCAGGAAAAAAGGCUGUAACCAAAAGGAGCUUGUAUUUCUCUGUCAGCUUCUGUCCUGAAGAGAGGGAGGGAGGUAACGGGGUUCCCUUCUUGUUCUUUAAAUGGUGUGUGUGUGUGUGUGUGUGUGUGUGUGUGUAACUGGUUAUUCAGAGCUGCGUUGUUUCCUGCACUGCCAGAGGAACCGAGUAGGAAUCCAUUUAAAAGGACACUGUUGAGCAGCAUGGGCCUAACACAGAGGGCUUGGCUCUGGCCAUGCUUUGCUGCAGGGAAUCCAACUGGAAGUCACUUACAGGUGCUGGGGCUAUGGGUGCAGCCCCCUCCUUCUCUGAGCUGGGACUGGGAGCUGGUGGGUGCACAGCACAGCGGUGGGGAGAGGUAGCCGGGAUAUGGCCCCAGGCAGGGACCAUAGCCACAGGCGGAGGGCAAGUGGCACAGCAGGACCCAGCCGUGCGCCUGCUCCCAUCCUGCCUGACACAUGCUCUGUGGUGAAACAGGCCAGCCCCGACAGGGAAGUCUGGGCCAGGACUUUUGGCUUUUAUAAAGGCAGCAGUGAGAGGCAGUACUUCUCCGUAUGCCAGCCUUGUUCUUUCUGGCAGUCCCAUCCUGUAAGCAGUAAACGUGUGUCCUAUCUUGAGCUUCCCUCUCCUCUCUGACUGCAUCCCGAUGGUGCUCUGCAGUUUUGUAUGCAUGGAUGGCACCAUCCACUCAAACACAAAUUCAUCUCCCCCUCUGUCUUUGUGGGUGAUGUCUUUCUGUAUGGAGUCUCCCAGGACUGUGAGCUCAGAGCCCUCGGGCUUGGCAGUGCUAUAUCCAUAGUAAAUACAAUCUGGCCAUGUGUUGUGUGGUGGUUUGGUGUUGCUGGGUCCCUUUUCUCCUUUUCUCCCUCCCUGCUCCAAUAUCUUUGGGAUCCCCAGCUUCAAGAGAGCGUGGAUGUGGAAAUAUGCAGAUGCUGCUGGGGGCAGCUGGCAGCUUUCUAAACCAGCCUCCAGGUAGCAGCCUCAGCUCCACCAGAGUAGUUAUGACCCAGGAGCAGGGUGAGCUGCAUGCUGGUCGUGGGUCUUUCCAGUGAUAUUAUGUGCUCCAGAUAAGCCGGUGCUUCUGAGCUUGUUGUAAAAAGAGGAUGGUGUUUACUGAUGUGGUAUGAGCUUCUCUUCUUGGCUGUACAACACUAACAUCUGCUGAUAUACUGGUGGCUUAUGGUAGAUUCACGAGAAGGGGGAAGUGGUUAUUCCCUCUGACAGUGUGCAGAAGAAGGAAGAGAUGUCGAAGGAUCCUUAUUGCCCGUAGCGCUGCCGGGCAUGACAGUGUUUGAGUGGACAGGUGCUAUAUUUUCUCCUCUGCCCUUUGCUGUAGCUGUCUGGAUCGUACCUUCUCCUGGUGCUCUUUGUGCUGAACUGGCCAACUUUGUAAACUGUGAGAGAUGGGGAGGAGGAGGUAGGCAUCAACUUUGGGGAUUAUCUUGUUCUGUUGUUCUUGGACAGAGAUGCCAAGGAAGUGAAUCUGGAUCGGGGAAUGUUGGAAUGUGUUUUUAUUUUUAAGACAAAUCCUCAUCUCUAAUGUCACUCUAGCGUUCGCUGCGCCAUGAUUUCUAAUACGAUAACUUGUUUAGGUUACCGAGCAGGUCGCUGUCCCCUCUCCUUGUCUCUCGGAGACCUCAGGUGCUCAUCGAGCCCUCCACCCCAUGCUGAUGGAGGUGUGGAGUGGGGCCAAGACGAGGGGAGGGCGAGCAUGCCUGAGGUGAGGGAGGCCCACAGUCAUGGGUGUUGCAUUGAGUAUCUUUUUGUUUUCCCUGAUAUGAUAACCUGGUCUGUGGUGUUGCAGUACUUUGUCACCAGACUUGUUUUAGUGUGUAUAUAUGUGACCCCUCCCAUAAAGCAUAUAUACACAGGUAUUAAAUAUAUUGCUCUAUAUAAUAUUAUAUGUGUGUGGUAUCGAAGGAAUCUUUUUAAUGAGGGUAAAGGAAAAGGACUCAGGCAAGGAAACGCAGCAUCUCCAGUUUAAAUAUGAAGACUUUUAUUUGGGUUAGGGAGAGGGAGUUAUUAACGAGGGGAGGGUUUUAUAUAGAUAGGCAUAAAUUUUGAGAUGGGACAGGUUUCCCUGUUCAUACUUCUGAAAGCCCCCUGAGAUGUUCUUGCAGUCCCAUCUCAGUGAAAGAGUAUUAUACUGCUAAGCUUGUGAAUAAAGUUUUAAUGGUAAGUCUUUGCUUAUAUUAUUUAAAGGGACGUUGUGAAAGGCAGGAAGUUUCACACUUGACUUCCUAGGCUCGCUUUAUCAAGUCAAGGGGAUUUUCUUUGGCAUGUUAUGUACUCUCACCAGAAAUGCUCAGUGCUAACAGCUCUACAGCAAUUAAACCAAAGUAAGUUGUAGGACUGCUUUAGUGGUGCAUUUGUGAGACCCUGCAAUAACUCUCCCUUUUCUGUAUUCAUGUAAGGGGAGAGGAAAAUUUUGCGAUGCAGAACCAAAUCUGAGGGUGAUUAACAACAGAAGUCAUGUUUUAAUUUUAUAGUUUUAGAAGAAAAUCUCAUAUCCCUUAAAAUAACCACACAUACACUCACACAAAAUAGAGACUUUGAUUUAGCUCAGCUUGUUAAAAGCUGAAAGACUUAUAGUAAAAAUCCUUUCCCAUAUGCUGGGAGGGAUUUAUGUGAUGCUGGUGUUGGAGUUAACCUGACCUUUACGGGGGGAAGAAAAAAACCAAAAAAUACCCUACUUAGCUUGUAUGAAAUUGUAUGUCAAAAUGGAUGGGUUUUAGGAAGUGAAAGGAGAAGAUAGCAAGGGGAUGCUGCAGUUCUGAGCUAGGUAGUAAUGAUUUUGAGUCCUUUAAUAUGUCUUUGUAUUAAUAUAAUUUAAGAAUACCACGCUUUACUAUUAAAAAAAACUUAGUAUCUUUCAUAAGGUCUAGUAUCGGGAUAAUAAUGUAGAUGUUUUAACAACAUUUUUGGUUUUGUUCUUAAAUAAAAAAACAAACCUGCUUCUUUUAGCCUUUGUAAUAGAAAAUAAAAGUGUGCACUUUAAACCCUC